GAGCGACGUGACACACCUUGCUCAACUCCUAUGAAAUGUGUCAGGGGAGAGGUCAUAGUUCCGUGUGACCUCUGGGAAGCCCACAGUCAAGUGUGACGGGUGUGUUAGUGUGGGAGGGCCAUCACAGGGAAAGAUCCUGAGCAGUAAAUGGGCGUGGAGGUUUCACACUGAGUUUCAGUUGUUGCUCUCAACUCUCGGCUGCACCAUGAAGACCUGUGGAGGCUGCCACUAGACGCCAACAAGAAGCCUGCCGCUGUCACCUUCAAGUGGAAUAUAUAUUUUUUUAAACACCUGCUCAUCUUGUUGAGGAAAUAAGACAACAAGAGAGGAGGACACCACCAAAACUGCCACAAAACAUGUCAGACUCACCUCACACCAGCGUGACGGUGGACGAGGAGACGCCUCUGAAAACCGUGCCGGGGUCAGGUGACCCACAGAACGGCGCCGCCACGGCCGUGGCGCACAGAGCGAGCCGCUUCCGCGACAAGCACCACAGGUGGCUGGCCAUCUGCAGCAUCAUCUGCGGCAUCUCCUGCAUUGGAAUCAAAGCGCUCAUCAACUCAGUGAAGGCCGAGUGGGAGCCAAACGAACAGGCGUCCCAGAGGUUUUCACGGCGGGCCAGGAAGUUUGGCAUCAUCUCCAUCGUGACGUGGUUGUCCAUCCUGGCCUUGGCGCCGCCCCUGAUGGCGCUCGGCUCGUACUUGGUCACGCUGCAGGAUUGAGGCGCCGGCCAACACGCAAGGGGGAAACAAAAAGGGACGUUACAGGAAACACAUGCUGCAGACGUGUACAAACGUGUUUAUAGGCUGAUAUUUAUUUAUUUUCCAACGUGGCGGCCCUUGCCGACAUAAACGUCUGUAUAAAACCACAUGCUGACAAUUUAUACACCUUAUGCACGACAAGAGGCCAUCCUCACUGACCAAAUGUCUAAUUCAGCAAUACUGAAGGUUGUAGAAAAGCUAAUAAAUUAGUCAACAUGGCAGUAACGUAAGCAUCUAUGCUUUGGCGCCAACAUUAUUAUUGCAUUCUUACUUUAUUAAAUGUAUCAAUGUGUUGUGGUUUUAUACAAAAAACAAUUUUAUAAUAAAUGCUUUAAAAAAAAAAAAAGAGUUGUGCUUGGGAGUCACUUGAAAAACAAACGAAAACGGCGAA